CUCCAACCAAGCCACUAAGCCAAAGUCAACAGUGCAAAUAUUGUCGCGUCAGUGCUACAAUCCGCGACUCCGAUUAUCUCGGCUGUUGUCUUGCAUCCAUCAACUUCAAUUCGCUCAACCCUCCUUGGAGUCCCGUAUUUAUCUCCGGCUUCCAGCCCAUGAACCUGCCCAGCUGAUCGACCUCAACCAAAGCCACGAUGAACGGCUUAGGUAGCCACUUCCCUCCAGGCGUGGCCUGGCAGGAGCAUCGCACUCCCGAUGGUCGCAUCUAUUAUUACAAUUCUGCUACCAAAGUGACACAAUGGACCAAGCCAGAGGAUCUGAUGUCGCAUGCAGAGCGCGCCCUUGCCAACCAACCAUGGAAGGAAUACACCGCUGAAGGUGGCAGGAAGUAUUGGUACAACACUGAGACGAAGCAGAGCUCGUGGGAAAUGCCAGAGGCCUACAAGAAGGCACUUGGGGACAGUGGAACGCCAACCUCUCCUGUCACUCCGGCUACUCCUUUCCAGCCUCCCUCAGGCCCCCAUCAAGCGAAUUACGGCGGUGGUGGAGGUGGCUAUGGAGAGAGGUCCCAUGAUCACUACCGUGACCACCGAGAACCUCUAGGAGAGCACCGCCAGCUCACCUUUGGGAAUAAUGUUCAGGCACAGGCCUUUGUACCUGCAACAAAUGAACCAGAAUAUGCGACACCCGAGGAAGCAGAGGCUGCCUUCGUCAAGCUUCUCCGCCGCAGUGGUGUUCAGCCAGAUUGGACAUGGGAGCAAGCUUUGCGAGCCAUCGUGAAAGACCCACAAUAUCGCGCUGUCAAAGAUCCCAAGGAUAGAAAGGCAGCAUUCGAAAAGUACUGCUAUGAUGUCCUCAUUCAGGAUAAGGAGCGCGCAAAGGAGAGGCUCACCAAACUACGCGCUGGCUUCACUACAAUGCUGAAGAGCCACCCGGAGAUCAAGCACUACACUCGCUGGAAGACGGCCCGGCCAAUCAUUGAAGGAGAGACCAUCUUCCGCUCCACCAAUGAUGAGGCAGAACGUCGCCAGUUGUUUGAAGAUUACAUGGUGAAUCUCAGAAAGACACAUCGAGAGCAUCAAACCUCGGUGCGCAAGAGUGCCAUGGACGGCUUGAUUGAGCUCUUGCCAAAGCUGAACUUGGAGCCUUACACCCGCUGGUCAGAGGCUCAAGAUGUCAUCCAGACCUCCCCACCUUUCAAGAACGAGGAGAAGUACAAGUCACUCACCAAGUAUGAUAUCCUGACUGUCUUCCAAAACCACGUCAAGUCAUUGGAGCGCACUUUCAAUGACCUCAGACAGGAGGAGAAGAACAAGAAGUAUCGGAAGGAGCGCCAAGCUCGCGAUGGGUUCCUGGCCCUUCUUGCCGAACUGCGGAGCGAGGGUAAAAUCAAGGCCGGCACCAAAUGGAGCCAGGUUUACCCUCUGAUCGGAAGCGAUGACCGUUACAAGGCCAUGUCCGGCCAGCCCGGAUCCACCCCCAUGGACUUGUUCUGGGAUGUGGUGGAGGAAGAAGAACGCGCCUUACGUGGCCCUCGAAACGAUAUUCUGGAUGUGGUUGAUGAUAAACACUUCGAGGUCACCCCCAAGACAACCUUCCAAGAGUUCCAGUCGCUACUUAAAGAUGAUCCUCGCACUGCUAACAUUGAACGUGACACCGUCGAGUUCAUUUUCGAAAAGCUUCGAGAGAAGAAGGCCAAGAGGUCAGACGAUGACAAGCUGGUCGAGCGCCAGCAGCGGCGUGCCCUUGAUGACCUGCGUUCCUUCAUGAAGCGCCUCGAUCCUCCAAUCUUGCCUCACGACACCUACGAGAGGGUCAAGGCCCGGCUGAGUAGGAGUGACAAGUUCCAGGCUGUCCUUUCGGAGGAAGCACGCCGUGGAGCCUUUGAAAAGCACGUUCGCCGCCUCAGAGAGAAGGAGGAGGAGGCCGACCGGGACCGCCGGCGCCGUGAUCGCGGGGAUAGCUAUCGGGAUAGAGGUGAGAGAUCUCAUCGAGGAAGUAUGCGCCCCGCUAGGUCCAGCCGCAGUCCCGCCGAGCACGACCCUUAUGAGGCCGAUCGUCGCAAGGCCAUUGCCGAGCGAGAGCGCAACUACCGGAAAUCGAGCAUGGCGGAGAGCCUGUUGUCCGAUCGUAGAUCUCACGACUCAGCCAGGGACCGUGACCGUGACCAAGAUCGCGUGCCAAGGGACCGCGAGCGCGAGCGAGAUCGAGAUCGAGAUCGUGAUCAUGACCGCCGCUCUCGUCGGGAUGACGAACUCAAUCUCUACGACCGAGAGAGACGCACUAGAGAGGAAGACCGGGAGAGGGUCUAUCGCAGGCGAGUGGACCGCGACGUCAGCGAACUUCCCUACGGUGAUGAGAGACCUAGUUCAUCUCGUCGUCGCCGGGCUGACGACGACGAGAUCGAUCGCCGAGAUUCGAGGGAUGCAAAAAGAUUGAAGCCAGACUAUUCCCGUGAGCGUACCCCUCAACGUGAUGCCCGUCCCAAAGCUAGGACCCCACAGCCCGCAAAGGAGAAAUCGCCUGGCGUUCGAGCGGGUAGUGAAGAGGGCGAAAUCGAGGAGGAUUAGUCGGCAACGUCGACAUCCCCUCCCUAACUGGCGACCGAAGAAUGUCGCCGUUACAACCUGCGUCUCCAUUCUAGUACCUCGAAGGUCUUCUAUAGAAAGACCAAGAAAGGACCGAAUCAUUUCGAGGCGUCAUGGUUGCCUGUCACGUGGAGCAUCGUUUCACCAAGUACGUAUCGGAUUAUCAUACUCAGCAUGUCAGAUUCGCAGAGAUGACCGCACAGAAGCAGAGAUGUCUCGCUAGAUCAUCAUCACCCUUCGAUGCGGCACUCCCACUAUCGUCGUCCUAAUUCCUCGCCAUGGCGGCUCGACGCUACACCCCACCCCUCCCCGAGGUCCCUUUUGCUUCUGGACUCGGCGGAUUGCAGUCUCAUGCGCACUUAACGGGGGAAAUUGCGUAACAAGAUCCUGGGCUGUACGUAUUCCUUCUCUUCUUCGCUACAGUCAAAAAGUCUGGUAUUAUAUCCAGCAGUAGAUAGUAAUUGAUUUGUGUAUGUGUAA